AUGACACUUCCAAUCCGCGUACUCGAGUUGGCAGGCCUGGCUCCAGUCCCAUAUGCCGGCCUCCUACUUUCGCAGUUUGGUGCAGACGUUGUCAGGAUUGAUCGGGCGGACGUGGAGGAGAACCCGGACUUCUUGUGUGCAGGAAAGAGGAGCUUGCGAUUAGACCUGAAAACCAGAGAGGGCCGUGAGGUGUUCCUCAAUUUAGCCAGAAGGGCUGAUGUAGUUAUCGAACCGUUUCGCCCCGGCGUGAUGGAAAAGCUCGGGCUCAGCCCGGACGAGCUCAUAAAGAUCAACCCACGUCUCAUCUAUGCCCGGCUCACUGGGUUCCCCAGAAAUGGCAAGUACUCGAAAAUGGCGGGUCAUGAUGUCAACUAUGUUGCAAUCUCAGGUGUACUAUCGUUCCUGGGUUACCCAGACCGCCCACCACAGCCUCCAACGAACUUGCUAGCUGACUUUGCCGGUGGCUCCCUCACAGUAGUCAUCGGCAUCCUCCUCGCACUCCUUAACCGCAAUCGCACUGGCCACGGCAGUGUCGUAAACGCAAACAUGGUAGACGCAGUAUCCCACCUCGGAACGUUUGCUCGUCUCAGCAAGCGGUACGGAAGUGCGUACUUCAGCCCUGUAAACGAAAGAGGAGAAGGAUUGCUGGAUGGCGGCGCACCCUGGUACGGGACGUAUGAGACGAAGGAUGGGAAGUAUAUGGCAGUUGGUGCCCUGGAGCCCCAGUUUUAUGCUGUCCUGGUACGUCUCCUUGGGCUGGAAGACGUACCCUCGAGGGAAGAGCGGGUAAACUGGGCAGCCAUUAGGACGGCAUUCGAAAGGAAGUUCAAGGAGAAGACGCGAAAGGAGUGGGAAGACGUCUUCGAUGCGAGUGAUGCAUGUGUUACGCCUGUGAAGGAACUGGAUCUGGGCGAGAAGGUGGAUACCGUGCCUUUGGUCGAAAUCAAAAGCGAUCAUGAAGCGCAGUCAGUGUGGACUCCACCGUCCACGGCUGACGAGGGUGGUGCAUUGAAGCCCGGCACUGGAGAAGAUGAAGUGCUGCAAGACUGGUUGGGGUGGAGAAUUGGUCGUGAAGCUCAGAGUGUUCCCGGGAAGGGUCUCCAAAGGACCGUUGUCCGGGAAGCCUGUCGUUGCGGAGGCCGAUGUCAAUGCGGAACCAACGCCCGUAAACGUAGAACCACAAAGCUGUGACAAAAUCGAAGAAAAGACUGGAUAUAUUGCUCAUAAAAUCAAUAAAAACCAAGAGCAUAAAGUAACGCAACAGACCGC